AUGCAUCACCUUGGCCUUGUUGGCUUGUUCCUCGCUUCCGUAGUUGGCGCCAUGCCUCUGGAAGCCGAAGCCGAAGCCUAUCCCGGCGCUGUCAAAUGGACUUCGGGAUAUGAGCUCAAGCCCACCGACGUGAUUGUUCCUGUCGAUGGUGUUGAGUACGUCGUCAAGGAGGAUAUCUACCUGGCCUCGCUCAAGGCUGCCGGCAUCAAGAUCGGUGCACCCGAGCUUGAUCCCUCCUGGGUCUCCUACAAUGCUUCCGAUAUCCCCGAUUUUGAGGAUGCUGAAGCUUCUGAGGGCGGCCAUCAGAAGCGCGCCUCGUGCGACAACACCAACUACAUUGUCACCGACAAGACCGAGACCUUUGUCGACUGGGACAUGCAGAUGUCCCCUGUCGUCUGCGCCGUCGGCGACAUGGACAUCAGCGUCUCUUCUGGCUACAGCAUCUCUAACACUGUCGGCGGCAGUGCCGGCAUAGACAUCAAGUUCAUCAAGGACCGUCUCGGCUCGUCGCUCGGCAUCAACUACAGCCGCACCUGGACCACUCAGACCUCCAUCAUCACCAAGGGCACUGUUAAGAACGGAAACUGUGGUGUCAUGAUCACCAAGCCCAUCACGACCCGCCGAUCCGGCCGUCAGUUCCGUGGCUGUAUUGGAUCUUCUCGGCAGAUUGGUACGUGGUACGCCGACAGCCGCAACGAUGGUAGCUACAACGGGAUUAAGUGGAUCGAGGGAGCCAUUUCCAUGUGUGUCAAGCGGGGAAGCAACCCUCCCCUGUCUCGCUGCCAUGGACAGGGUAACUUCCGUUAA